AAACAGUAGACGAUAGUAGAAUCGCAGCGCGUGGUUAGGCAGUAGGAAGAGGCUAGGGCGACCGGCGAGUGCAGUGUGCAGUGCGUGCGGACCGUGUAUUGCUGAAAGCUCGCGCUGCGAAGCCUCCGAGAGCGGCGGCAUCGCGCGAGCGCCCGCUUCGCGUCAGUGCCGGCCCGGCCGUGCCAUAGGCAUCACGUUUCCCAUACCACUGGCUUUUUGCUGCUGGAUAGUGACACUCUCAUAUACAACGACUUCGAAUUUUUAUAACGAACAUUAACCACCACGGAAGUGGACGCGAGCUUACUUCUGAAAAGUGUGAACGACGGCAAAUGGAUCAGAGGCGCGCGGCGGCGGCGCUGUUCGCGCUAGCCGCGUGCUUUGCGUGCGCAACAGCAGCACCUACUGCAAGCAACCAGACGGCGCUAGAUCUUUUUGAAGCUCCAGUCGAGGGAUGCUACUAUAACUUCCAACACUAUGGCGAAGGCGACCGCAUCAUGACCAACGAGCCAUGCCUUAACUGCACGUGUCACAACCGAAUGCUGAUGUGUUAUUUGAGGGUUUGUCCAUUCACGAAACCCAUUGGACAGGACUGCACCGUGGAAAAACGUGCAGAUCAAUGCUGCCCCAUUGUCACAUGUCCAGAUGUUCCAGUAGAUCUACUGACAUCCACAUCCACCUCAUCUCCAGCAGAAUACGGAGCAACUGGAUUAGGCAAAAUGGACAAAUAUGGCUGCAGUAUUAACGGAAAAUACUUUCCUGAAGGGGCCAAAGUUCCACCAACUCCCAACAAGCCAUGUGAACAUUGCUACUGCAUUCAUAACAUGACAACGUGUGUUAUGCAAGAAUGUACUUUGCACGUAGAUGGUUGCACACCAAUAUAUCACAAAGACGUCUGCUGUCCUAUUCGUUACUCAUGUGAUCAUGCCGAAGAUGAGAUACCUCUUCUGGAUGACAUGACUACAACAGUAAGACCAACACCUGGAUUUUUGUUAACAACUACAACUAUGAUGCCAGUAACACAAGCUUCACAAAACUGUGUUCAUGAUGAUAAAAUAUUUUUUGAUGGAGCUCUUAUAAAGACUGAAAAAGCUUGUGAACAUUGUUAUUGUAUGAAGGGCGAUAUAGUUUGUGUAGUUCAAGAAUGCGGUACACCUAUGGAAAACGAAGGCAAAAAUUGUACAUCGCUACCUCCUAAACAGGGCCAGUGCUGUCCAGAUACAUAUAUAUGUGAAGGCGACGAACUAUCAACCACGCAAUUUAAUGAAGAAACUACUACCUUGACACCUCCAAGAAGAUUCGGGGUUGAAGGAAGUGGAUACAGAAAUGAGCCAGACGAGUCUUACACUGAGAUGUCAUCAAUUGGUGAUACUGAAAUAGAGGGAAGUGGCGAAGAUAAUUUAUUGACAACCAUAACGAGCUUGUAUUCUGAUACACCUCCGGUAACAAGCCAUAACGUAUAUCCAUAUUCUACAGAAAUUAAUCCAGUUUCUUCAGAAGUAACGACACAGAGUGAUAUUGAAAACGAAAACAAAGUAUUGACAACUGAGCCAUCAGUUUCUAUUACUUCAACCAAUACAAAUGACUUAAAGGAAGAUACAGAUGAAGAAAAGGGUUGGAAUGUGAUGACAACAGUAGUACCUUCAGGACAGCCUGCAUAUACUACGUCAGUUGAAGAUUUGAAACAAAAACAAGAUACCUCUAAAGAUAUAUCAACAACUAAAUCUUCAGAUCAAUAUACUACUUUAGAGCCUACUGUUACACCGAAAUUAAAUGAAAUAAGUGAAGGUAUAACAGAAAUAACUACUAAACAAAGUUUACUAGACGAUGUAGAUAAUAUGACUCCAAUAGACGAGGAAUUCAUUAUUGCUACAAAAUUACCCGAAAAGACUGAUGAUAUUGACAAUAGUUUCGAAGAACCUCUAACUACUUUCAAACCAGCUAAUGUUGAGGAAUCGAUUACCGAACAGGAAAGUAGUGAGACAACGCCCAAAAUAAUGACGUUUACUGAACAACAAACCUAUUCUACUGUUACAACAAGUAGUCUAGAAACUACCACAAUAAACGUACAGGAAAAUGAAAUCUUAGAAGAGACGUUACCAGCUAGAAUACCGGGUGAAGGAGACUGCUUGCUUGGCGGUGUAACAUUUAAGAAUAAUACUUCAGUUCCAAGUACAAAUAAAUGCCACAUAAGUUGUAAAUGUGUUAGUAGUAUUAUCAAAUGCGAUCCUAUAAUUUGUACUCCACCUCUAGAAUAUAUGGAAAAUAUGAAUGAUUGUCAGCCUAUUUAUGACUCGCCUGACUCGUGCUGUCCAACAUAUGUUUGCAAUACUAAAGAAACUAUUGCCCCAGAAUCACAUAGCCAAAUGUCUGGUACAGAAAUUCCAAAGCCUAUUGAAUGUGUGGGUGAUGAAUGUCGUAUUAAUCAAGAAAGUAAAACAACAGAAAAUCCAGUUGAACAUGCAUGCGGUGAAAAUGGUUGUCAAGGUACAGAACCAUCCGUUUUACCACAAAACGACUUAAAUGACUGUUCAAACGGAAAUUGUGACUCUAAGAAGGAACAAACCCCAGUAUCUGACACCCAACCGUGUGAUGCAACAACUGGCUGCCAAGUACCAGUAAUUAAACCAUGUGUAGGUGAAAACUGUAUUACAAAACCUGUUGUCCCGACUGAUAUCCAAGAUAAAUUUGAAACGAAUAACAAGCCUUGUAAUAAUGAAAAUGAAUGUCAAGUACCAGUUAUAACACCAUGCAUAGGUGAUGAUUGUAUAAUAGAUUCCAAAUUACCCAAUAAUAAAGAAACGGAUGUUCUAGAUAAGGAAACUAAAGAUGAGGAAAAUACUUGUACAGAUGAAAAUUGCCGACGAAAAGAAUAUGAUGAAACUAAUGCCAAUGUACCAUGUUCCGGCACUGAUUGUACGCAACAGGAGACAGUUUCUCCUAAUGACGUAACUUCACCCGAAUCUAUUCAACCUAUUCCAACAACAAAACCAGACCAAGCCAAACAACCGGAAGAUUUUACAUUAUCUGAACCUCGGAGUACAUUAGAACCAUUUAUAGAAACUACGGUACCAAGUAUAACUACUUCUUCUGAAAUUAAACAUACGGUUGAAACUAUUCGUGAAGAAAGUACAACUCAAACCUAUUUAGUCGAUGAAGGCUUAAUAAGUCACCAACCCGAUAGACAUUCAGAAGCUGAUAAGCCUUCUACUGAACCAUCGGUUCCGGAUAUUGAAACAGUAACAUCAUCAAUAUUUGAUUUAAGUACUGUUAAAGAACAUCUCGUAAUAGCAACAGAACAAGCUACAACUGAAUACAGUUCCAAACCCUCGGAUGAAAAUAUAAUGCAUACAACUUUGGGUGCAUCCUUAGACGAGAUAAAUUCACCGAGUACUACAGAAAUGGCUGAUAAAACAGAAAUCAGAACAGAAGCAGUUUCUAAAGAAAAUACUAAAGACACUUAUAACAUGUUGACUGAAUACCCUAAAUUAGAAUCAACUACCGCCGAUACAAUGGUUUCCUCUCAAAGUGACAAAGAAAGUAACCAAAAUGAAUUUAUCCAUGUUACCGGACCUCCAAAUGUAGACGAAACUACUUCCAGUGAAAUAUUAGAAGAAGAAAAAAUCACUAUUGCACCGCAUUUGUCAUCAUCUAUUUCAUAUGAUGACAAAUCAUCUGAUACCACAGAAUCGGAACUUUCAUUUACAAAAGAAAUACCAGAUUUAGAUCUUUCAGUACAACCAAUCUCACAUGUGACCGGAGCACCUGAUUUUAUUUCUGAACAUCCAACAACAGAACAAAAAGAAAAUUAUCCAAGCACUUUAACUCCUGAGGCAUUUACGAAAAAUGCAGAUGAGCCUACGCAUCCUGAAAUAUACGCUAUGUCAACAGAAGUAUCUAAAAAGGAAGAAGAUGAUUCUGUAUCACCAGAUGUUCCUACAGUAACAGAGGCACAGGUGAUAGAAGAAGCUACAGAAAUAUUUAACAAAGAAGGCACUACAUUCCAGCCUGAGUCACACAAGCAAUCAGAACCAGAAAUAACAUCACCUUCAACUAUUGAACAACAUCAAACUCAAAAAGCUAUAGACAAGGACAUACUUGAAUUUUUCACAGAAGUCAGCCCAGCUAUAACCACCGAGUUUAAUCAAAAUGAUAGCCAAAAAGAUCAAUCUGAAAUAGAGCAAGUCGACCUCACAUCAACUGAUAAGCAAGAAACUCAAACCAAGAUCCCUGAAAUAAAGUAUACUGAAGUGACUCAAGACUUCACUACUGCACUUAAUGAAAACCCAACAGAAAACAAUACUUCAGAUAUGAGGAAGGACAUUGAGCAAAACACUGAAAUAUUGGCUACCAUAGCACCUUUGAUUGAAGACGAAAAAAUUACUACAUCCGCAGAAUCGAUUGAAUCAAAUGAAUCUCCGUCUGAAAACCCUGUUGUGCAUAAAGAAACAACUACCUUAAGAGUAAAUGAACCAUCAGGUUAUACAACAAGCAAGCCAAUAGAAGACACGUACACCAAUAAAUUUGAAAAAACAACCGAGUCUUUUGUAAAUCUUGGUGGUGAUAAAAUAAAUACAACACCAAGCUAUAAUAAACACAAUGACAUAUCAGAAGAAACCACUAUAAUUUCAUUGCCAAAUAUUUCUGAAAGCGUAAGUGAAUUAGUAACUGAUAUAGCAACAGAAAACUAUUACACAAAGGAUACACAUAAAGUAACUGAACCGUCAAAUGAAUCAGACAAAACUGAUAAGGAACAUUAUACUGAAUCAGACAAAACUGUUACUGAACAAUCGACUGGAUCACCAAAUGAAUCAGACAAAACUGGUACUGAACAAUCAACUGAACCGUCAGAUGAAUCAGACAAAACUGUUACUGAAAAAUCGACUGGAUCACCAAAUGAAUCAGACAAAACUGUUACUGAAUCAUCAAACGAAUCAGACAAAACUGAUAAGGAACAUUAUACUGAAUCAGACAAAACUGUUACUGAAUCAGACAAAACUGUUACUGAAUCAUCAAACGAAUCAGACAAAACUGAUACGGAACAUUAUACUGAAUCAGACAAAACUGUAACUGAACAAUCGACUGGAUCGCCAAAUGAAUCAGACAAAACUGAUAAGGAACAAUAUACUGAAUCAGACAAAUCUGUUACUGAACAAUCGACUGGAUCACCAAAUGAAUCAGACAAAACUGAUAAGGAACAAUAUACUGAAUCAGACAAAACUGUUACUGAACAAUCGACUGGGUCACCAAAUGAAUCAGACAAAACUGAUAAGGAACAUUACACUGAAUCAGACAAAACUGUUACUGAACAAUCGACUGGAUCACCAAAUGAAUCAGACAAAACUGAUAAGGGACAUUAUACAGAAUCAGACAAAACUGUUACUGAACAAUCGACUGGAUUACCAAAUGAAUCAGACAAAACUGGUACUGAACAAUCAACUGAACCGUCAGAUGAAUCAGACAAAACUGUUACUGAAUCAUCAAACGAAUUAGACAAAACUGGUACUGAGCAAUCGACUGAACCAUCAGAUGAAUCAGACAAAACUGUUACUGAAUCAUCAAACGAAUCAGACAAAACUGAUAAGGAACAUUAUACUGAAUCAGACAAAACUGUUACUGAACAAUCAACUGGAUCGCCACAUGAAUCAGACAAAACUGAUAGGGAACAAUAUACUGAAUCAGACAAAACUGUUACUGAACAAUCGACUGGAUCACCAAAUGAAUCAGACAAAACUGAUAAGGAAGAUUAUACUGAAUCAGACAAAACUGUUACUGAACCAUCGACUGGAUCACCAAGUGAAUCAGACAAAACUGAUAAGAAAUAUUAUACUGAAUCAGACAAAACUGUUACUGAACAAUCGACUGGAUCACCAAAUGUAUCGGAUAAAGUUGGUACUGAACAAUCAUCUGAACCGUCAGAUGAAUCAGACAAAACUGUUAUUGAAAAAUCUACUGGAACACCAAAUGAAUCAGACAAUAGUGUUACUGAAAAAUCAACUGAACCGUCAGAUGUAUCAGACAAAACUGUUACUGAACCAUCAAACGAAUCAGACAAAACUGGUACUGAACAAUCGACUGGAUCACCAAAUGAAUCAGACAAAUCUGUUACUGAACAAUCGACUGGAUCACCAAAUGAAUCAGACGAAACUGUUACUGAACAAUCAAAUGAAUCAGACAAAACUGAUAAGGAACAAUAUACUGAAUCAGACAAAACUGUUACUGAACAAUCGACUGGAUCACCAAAUGAAUCAGACAAAACUGAUAAGGAACAUUACACUGAAUCAGACAAAACUGUUACUGAACAAUCAACUGGGUCACCAAAUGAAUCAGACAAAACUGAUAAGGAACAUUACACUGAAUCAGACAAAACUGUUACUGAACAAUCAACUGGGUCACCAAAUGAAUCAGACAAAACUGAUAAGGAACAUUACACUGAAUCAGACAAAACUGUUACUGAACAAUCGACUGGAUCACCAAAUGAAUCAGACAAAACUGGUACUGAACAAUCAACUGAAAUGACUGGAUCACCAAAUGAAUUUGACAAAACUGAUACUGAACAAUCGACCAAGUCAUCGAAUGAAUUAGUUGACAACGAAAUUGGUCAAUCUACUGAAUCGAUGAAAGAAUCUACGCCAGAAAUCUUAGUAACAGACGAGAUUAAGGAAGAUAAAAUGACUAUCUCAAACACUGAUAAACCUAAUACUACUUUAUUAGAUGAACCUGUAGACACAAUGAAACCUCAUGAAAGUACCGAAUCUUCUGUAAAUAAUGACUUAGGCCAAACUCAUGGAAUUGAGAUUGUAAAAUUGCCCUCAACUCUACCAAACAUUAUUCCAGAGGUUCUAGACACUGAAAAAACAUUUGUAAGCACUUCUGAAUCAACAUUUGAUCCUGAAUCUGGAUUGAGUUCAACGGCCUCUUCGAUUGCAGUUGAGUUAGAACACGAAACGAAAGCAUUUACUGAUAGCUCUGAAACACAAGAAAAACAAACUUUAUCUCCGAUGUCACUUAUAACAGAAAAACCACACACAGUAACUGAAUCUGUUACAGAAAAUUUACAAACAAUAGCAGUUACUAAAACCAAGGAGUCGGAACUAACUACUGGCGUAGAAAUUACAACAGCAGGCAAAGAUUUACUAACUACAAAACAAAAUGCAGAUACUGUCACGCCAUCUAUUGAAUCUACAAGUAGAAUUAAAGAUUCUGAUGUAACAACUGAAUCACCUAAGGAAGAAACCACAAGUAAAACUAGCCAAUCUUUAGACGAAUCUGUUCUUGGUGCUAUUACUGAGCAACCGGGUACAACCUUCAAUGAAUUAACAACACGUUCUGAAAUAGAAAUGACUUCUUCGUCUAUAACGCAAAAAACAGAGGCCCAAGUAGAUGUUUCUACCAAACCAUCCGUACUAACAUCUGAAACCCACGAUGCAACUGACUAUCCCAUACUUAUUGAAGAAAAAACAAAACAACCUGAACUAUUCACAACUGAAUUAAUCAUAGAAUCAACAAAGAAGUCUGAUCAAAUAACUGAACAACCGCUAUCAAUAUCAACUGAUCCUCAAGAAAUUACUAUGUCUACCGUAGAUGAACAUAGACUAUCAAAUAGUCAGGAUGAAAUUUCGACAACAGUAGUUGUAGAAAAUGAACCCGAGAAAUUCACAAAAGCACCAGAAUUGCCCGAAAUUACUAACGAUGCGGAUACAAUUCAGGAGGAAACACCUAAGCAAGAAAUUGAUUCAACCAAAUAUAGAGAUCCAGAAGGCAGUACCGAAACAUCUUACGAAACACACACAAAACCAACAACUGUAAAAGAGGAAACAUUCAGUCCUACCCAACAUGAUAUAUUAUCCCAAGACACAACCGAUAAAACACUCUCAACAGAAAGUCUUCAAUCCGUUACACCUGAACAAACCGCAACAAAAUCACCGAUCGAGAAUACAAGAUUGGAUUCCAUUAGCUCAACACUAACGGACACGACAGGUUUAAGCACAGAACAUGCAUUAGCUGAUAAGAUUGAUAUACAGGAAGCAACCACUGAAUCCAAAUAUGAAUAUUCAGAGACAACUCCAUACUUUGUUGAACUUGAAGAACAUACACAUCAAAUCAUGCAAGAGACCUCUAUUAUACCUAUAGAUGAGUCAUCAACAGAAAGAGCAACAGGUAUUCAAUCCACUGAACGAGGUGACCAACCUCUUUCUGAUAACUUAGGUAACGGGCUGCAAACAGAAAAAUCAACCGAUGUAACGGUAACUCCCCUUGGCUAUAGUCAAGAAACCACACUGAGUAAUAUUGACGUAUACACGACUACCGCAUCUGAAAUAAGCAGUUCUUCAGAACCACAAAAAGAUACAGAAGUUAGGGAGCAAGAUAAGUUGGAGCCAACAGACGAAGGAAUUGAAUCAACAGUUUCACCUACUCAAACGUCUUCUAUGAUUCAAAACGAAGAUAAUCUAGCCUCUACUCCAUUGGAGACGAAGAUACCUGAUCUAGAAAUAACUGCAACAACAGAAAAAUCCCAUACUGUUAUGAAUGAAGAAGCUCAAAAACCAGAUGUACUAUCGGAAACAAAGAUACCCGAUCAAUUUACAAAAACAACUACACCUCACUACGUUCAUGAAGAAAUCACGUCAGUUAAAACAACGUUAUUUGAUGAAAAAUUGCUUGAAACUUCAUCUACAACUAGCAAACCAAUCACAACAAAACCUGAUGAUCAACCCACUGAAGAAAUACCAUCACCAGAAUUCCCACCUAGCGGUGUCAGCGGUUACGGACAAGAACCAGACUAUGGCGAAGAGGAACAAGCAGUUAUACCUGGUAUAUGUCGUUACGGCGGUAAAGUUUAUGGAUCUACACAGCAAAUACCAAGAGACGACCCAUGCGACUUUUGUUUCUGCUUUAGAAGUGAUAUCAUUUGCUUGCAACAGAGUUGUCCCCCACCAAUCCAUGGAUGUCGUGAGGAACCUAUUCAAGGAUUCUGCUGUCCUCGCUAUGAGUGCCCUGUGUCUAUGGCAACGACACUGAACGUUACCACUACGACAACUACUACCACAACAACUCUACCUCCACAUUUUCUUCCUCACGCGUAUAAAGGAGCAGCACAAAGAAGAGGCUGUCACAUUAAAGGUCAUACGUACAAGGUUGGCGAAGUUGUACGUGCUUCCUCUGGACCUUGUCUUCACUGCACAUGUGGCGGCGAUGGUCAAAUGAAGUGUGAUCCCAAGGCGUGCACCCCGGAACCGAUGCUGAGACAAAUGAUAGCAGCCGCGGUGUCCGCCCGACGGAGGUGAAAAUCUAGAUUCGAAGAAAACUACAUGAGUGAUCACAGAGAUUAGAACAUCUACGUGAUAAGAAAUACUUUUUCAUAAAAAUAUUCUUUGAUGCACAAGAAUAAUGCUCAAAUUUCGCGAUGGAAUAGUUUUAGAAUUUGUGUCAUAUAUUAGUAAUCGAUAUUAUAAUUUUUCAUUAGAGAGUGGCACACUUAAAUAUUAAAACAACGGUGACUGUGAUUAAUGAACUAAAUACCGAAAUCGAAUCUAAUUUUUGUGAGUUAUAAAUAAUUUUUACAAGAUUUAGUGCCAAACGAAUGGUUUAUAUAAAACUAUGCCAUUAUAAUAGGUACUACGUAUAUUCGUCUAAAUUUAUUGUUUUCAUACUUAAUAGUUUUAUGAAACUGACCAAAAUGUGGUUGUUAAGCGUUUGGUAGUUGAAUACCUUAGAUCUACCCACAUCCGAUUCGAGCCGUGUUCGUACGACGCAUCAUCUUAACGACUUCGUUGGUCAGUUAAGAUCGCCGAAAUCUUGACCAUUUUUGAUCGUAAACUAAAUUGAUUUACCGAUAUCACAUUAGUCAAUUCUUUAUUUUUACACGAUGUUACACUUCAAUCUAGUAUCGUGUAAAUCUGAAGUUUCUAUGUUAUUUAAGGAAUUCUGAUGUUGUAAAUGCCUUAAUUUGUAAUAAUUUAUAUAAUAUGUUAGGUGUAUAGUACUUAAGCCAUGUUUAAGACCAGUGAUUUUUUAAUUUAGAAGUACAGGAGCAUAUCUUAUUGACUCGAAAAGUGUCGAUCGAUGCGAUCCCCGCCGGCAACCUCGGCCGACACUUUUCAUAAUUUCACGAUUUACAGAAAGUGACUCUAUUAUUACCUUGUUUUCUUUAAUUCGUGGAAGCUCCAAUUUUUACUAGCACUUGUUAAGUGAAAGUCGCCAAUACGGAAGGCACUUGAAUUAUACAAUAAUAUCGUUUUGUAAUCUUAGAUUUUGAUACAAAGUGCUGGUAGACUUUUAAAUAUUUUUACAGAUUUAGAUCAGUACGAAAGUUAUAGGGCUCUUGUAACGCGCAUUACACUAAUAUGUCAGUUACAUUAAUUCGUACAAAUCUGUUUCUGUGUACGCAGGUUGUAGUUAUAUUAUAUCUUAUUUAUUUAAAGUUAUAGCAAUAGUCAAACAUAUUUGUUUAAAGCGUUACGUUUCAAAAAAUACAUACAGCAGUAAUAAAUUUAAUGUCAAUUAUUAUGUAUUAUCUUUGGAUUUAAUCACAAUUUACCGAACUUAAGCUAGAAUUAGCUACAUUUACAACUGUGCAAACUGAGUUUAAAUAAAACGUUCAAAAUCA